CAGAAUUUCGGAUUUAUAUUUUGAGUAAUUCUAGCUCCUAAGUUCACCUAGACUCUGUCCUUAAUCCUAACAAGUGGUAUCAGAGCCAUAUUAAGGACAUUGAGAGGAGUCUACAGAAGUGUGAAGACCCUUCUAGACCCACCAUGGCCUGUGGAGGUAGAGGCCGAGGUGACUAUAAUGAGGGGCAUGGGAGCUCCAGUGGCAGGGGGAGUACCAGAAUGGAGGGCACCUGCUGGUACUGCAAGAAGGUCGGGCAUCCUUGGUUCAAGUGCUUCAGCAGGCCGGAGGGAUGGGCACCUCCAGGCAUGAAGCCGCCCAGUGGUGAACGCGCACAAGGUGGUGCUGUGCAAGGCUCAGGUGCACAAGGUGAAGGUGCACAAGGUAAUGCCUAUCCUGGGAUGUUUCUUAUGGUUGAGGAUGUGCAUGGGCAUGAGGGUGAUGUGGGAUCUGUGGGAAAGGUUGUGAUGCACCCUCUCACGCACUGGGUGAUUGAUUCAGGUUGCACCAGUCACAUGACCCCACGGGCAGAUUUGCUUGAUGAGGUAAAACCCCCUGGGAAGAUCAAGUAUGUGGCAGCAGCGUCAGGUGCUUUGCUCCCCGUGAUUGGUGUUGGGAAUGCCAAGGUUAAGGGAGCUAAUGGGGAGCUUGUCGCCCUUGUGAAGAACAGGGUGCUGGCUACAGUUGGAGAUAAGGAGUGGAUCCCAUAUGUCAAGUGGUAUGGGAGUGCUCCAGCUGUGAACAUGCUGAGGGCAUUUGGGUGCAUGGUGGUGUUUCAUGUGCCUAAGGAGAAAAGGGGGAAGUUGGAGGCUUCUGGAAGAUGGGGUGUGCACUUGGGGAUUGCAAAGGAUCACAAGGGGUGGCUGCUAUGGGACCUGACCACCCAGAAGUUGACAGUGUCAAGGGAUGUGAAGUUUCUUGAGUCCCUGUACUACAAGGAAUGGAAGCAGCAGCAACAGAAGCUUCCAUCUACACCGCUCAUUGUGGAGGCAGAUGAGCGUCCUAGGAGGGAUGUGCGCCCUCCAGUGAGGCUGACCUAUGGGGGAAGAGGCAAGCCAAAUGUGGUGCAGGCUGGGAGUGUGGUUGAGCAGAUUGAGGAAGAUGAGAUCGCUCACUGCUACUGGGCACCAAUCCCUGAGCCCAAGACUCGAGAGGAGGCUUUGAAUGGACCAAAUGGGGAGAAGUGGAAGGCGAGUGAGGAUGAGGAGUUCGGGUCCCUGAUUGAAAACGAGACAUGGGACCUGUGUGACUUGCCUCCUGGAAAGAAGGCAAUCACUUCCAAGAUGAUCUACAGGCACAAGUAUGGACCUGAAGGGGAGCUGACCCGCUACAAGUCUAGGCUUGUGGCACGGGGGUUUCAGCAGACAAAGGGGAAGGACUAUGAUGAGGUGUUUGCUCCUGUGGGGAAAGGAACAACACUGAGGGUGCUGUUAGCGAUAGCUGCACUCCUGGGAUGGAAGAUACGGCAGAUGGACAUUGUGACAAUGAGUCCGCUGUGAAGCUCGCCAAGAAUGCUUGUCUGCAUGGGCUGACAAAACACAUAAGGCCUAAGUGGCAUUGGGUGAGGAGACUCCUUGAUAAGGAGGUGCGGCUGGAGAUAGUGAAGACCCAUCAGCAGGCAGCAGAUAUUUUCACCAAGCGUCUGGCGGAGGCGGAUCAUUGGAAGGGCAUGAAGCUUGCUGGGAUGAGUGUGCAUUGAGUAUGCAUGCUUGAGAUGU